AUGGGAAGUUAUUUCAGUUCAAUGUUUGAUAGAUUAUGGGGGGUCAAUAAAGAACUCCGUAUUUUAAUCCUAGGUCUAGAUGGUGCUGGGAAGACUACUAUCUUGUACAGAUUACAAAUUGGAGAAGUGGUCACUACGAAGCCUACUAUUGGUUUCAAUGUGGAAACUUUGACAUAUAAAAACUUAAAACUAAACGUUUGGGAUUUAGGUGGUCAAACAAGUAUUAGACCAUAUUGGCGUUGUUAUUACGCUGAUACUGCAGCAGUGAUAUUCGUUGUGGAUUCAACAGAUAAAGAUCGUAUGGCUACGGCUUCUAAAGAAUUACAUUUGAUGUUACAGGAGGAAGAAUUACAAGAUGCAGCAUUAUUGGUAUUUGCCAAUAAACAAGAUCAACCAGGUGCUUUGAGUGCAAGUGAAGUCUCUAGGGAAUUGAAUUUAGUGGAACUGAAAGAUAGAAGUUGGUCUAUUGUAGCGUCGAGUGCGAUUAAAGGUGAAGGGAUCACUGAAGGUUUGGAUUGGCUUAUUGAAGUUAUAAAAGAAGAACAACUAUAG